UACAACAUUGUACUUUUGAAAAAAUCUGUACUUCACUGAGUUUUUGAAGCUUUCUUAACUUCUAUACUUUAAUUUGGGAACUCUUCUUGAGGUGUCCUCUCCUCUGCCAUGUUUGCUGCGGUUCAAAUCCCUGUAGCUGCUCCUCAAAUGCUUACAUCGUGCAAAUGAUGGCUUCCCCAAAAGAUCUGUUUGCCCAAGCAGAUUCAAACACACACUUCACUGACUUCAAAUGGGCAGGCUUUCGGUGUGAGUGGUUGUGUGUGAGUGUGUAUGGGGGGGCGGUUAUGGAGAGAACAUCCAGGGGGCUGUGUGUGUGUUUUUGUCUAGCCGAGGACACCGGCAGGCACCAGGUGGGUGGAGCAACUGGGUCUCUUCCUGAAUUUUGGAGCUGGUUCUGCUGAGAUGAAGCGGGUCAGUCAUGUUCUGCAGAGUGAAGCGGUCGGGUCCAGAACAGAGGCUGAGGACAGAUGCAGGACAGGACCAGACUCUGUCUCCAGCUCCUCUGUACUGACUGAGCAUCUUCAGAAGUCUCUGAAUGUGCAGGACCAGUCGCUGUGUUGUUGGUUCUGCAGACGUUUUGGGUUCUGGAUGUUUUUACUGCUGAAGUGAGUUGGAGGUCUGUGCUCCGGAUCCCACAUGUUGACAGCUGACUGACGGAGUGACUGCACCUGAUGAUGCUGCGGCGGGAAACCCUCAGGCUGUGCCACGCACUCACACUGCUGAUGUGCAUGUCGGCCAGCAAGGACUUUGACUGGACAAAGAACCAGAGAACAUCUUUUUACUAUGGCACGUUCCCAACAGGUUUCUCAUGGGGAGCUGGAAGUUCUGCAUAUCAAACUGAAGGCGCGUGGAACGCCGAUGGGAAAGGAAUGAGCAUCUGGGAUGCUUUCUCCCACCGGCAGGGAAAUGUAUUGUCCAAUGAGACUGGAGACUCCUCGUGUGAGAGCUACCACAAAGUCAAGGAUGACAUCAGCUUGAUGAAGGAACUAAAACUUAAUCAUUAUCGCUUCUCUAUCUCCUGGCCCAGGAUUUUACCCAGGGGAACAGUAGGUGAACAUGUCAAUGAAAAGGGAAUCAGGUUUUACAACGACCUGAUCAACAAGCUUCUGGACAACAAGAUCACCCCUAUAGUCACUUUGUACCACUGGGAUCUACCACAGGUGCUGCAGGAAAAGUAUGGCGGCUGGCAGAACGUCAGCAUGGUGGACUACUUUAAUGACUUUGCCAGCUUGUGUUUCGAGCGCUUUGGAAACAGAGUCAAACACUGGAUCACUUUCAACAAUCCGUGGUCUGUUGCUGUGGAGGGAUAUGAGACCGGAGAACACGCACCUGGACUGAAGCUGAAGGGAACAGGAGCAUACAGAGCUGCACACCAUCUGAUCAAGGCACAUGCUAAGGUUUGGCACACCUACGACAUAAAGUGGAAAAGCAAACAAAAGGGUCUGGUUGGCAUUUCACUGACAGCUGACUGGGGGGAACCAGUGGACAUCUCCAACCAAGGGGACAUCCAAGCAGCUGAGAGAUACUUUCAGUUCUACCUGGGCUGGUUCGCAGGCCCCCUCUUCAAUGGAGACUACCCUCAGGUCAUGAAAGAGUACAUCGGCAGAAAGAGUGGACAGCAGGGCCUGGGAGCGUCGCGGCUGCCUGUGUUCUCUCCCCAGGAGAAGACUUACAUCAGAGGCACCUGUGACUUCCUGGGUUUAGGUCACUUUACCACCCGCUACAUCACUCAGAAGAAUUACCCAUCAGGCCUUGGGGACAGUUACUUUGCGGAUCGGGACCUGGCUGAGCUGGUUGAUCCAAAAUGGCCUGAUCCCGGUUCGGAGUGGCUCUAUUCCGUUCCCUGGGGCUUCAGGCGCUUUCUGAACUAUGUGAAGUCUGAGUACGGAAACCCGAUGAUCUUGGUGACAGAAAACGGCGUGCCGGAGAAAAAGUAUUGCACAGACCUGUGUGACGAGUGGAGGAUGCAGUACUACAAAGACUACAUCAACGAGAUGCUCAAAGCGGUCAGAGACGGGGUGAACGUGAAGGGCUACACCGCCUGGUCUCUCCUGGACAGUUUUGAGUGGGAUGAAGGAUACAGCCAAAGGUUCGGCCUGUUCUUUGUGGACUUCAGGAAUAAGAAUAAACCGCGGUACCCAAAGGCUUCUGUCCAGUUCUACAAACGGAUCAUCAGCUCCAACGGUUUUCCCAAUCAGAGAGAGAUGGAGAGUUGGAAGAGGAAAGCUGAGGAGGCCUGUUUCUCCAGUAACCAGCUCCUGGCUGCAGAUCCGCUCCUCGGCCACAUGGAGAUGGUGACUGAGAUCGUGGUCCCCACCGUGUGCACGCUCUGCAUCCUUCUCAGCGCCAUUUUCUUCAUGUUCCUGCUGAGGAGACGUCUCUAAGAAACUCACACUGUCAAACCGUCAUCGGCCUAACAGCCUUGUAUGGCUUAAAUCCAAUGUUAGUUUAUAAACAAUAAAUCCACUCAUGAUCUGUCAAACCUGUAAGAAGGACUAAACCUGUAUGGAUGACUACUCGUUUUUCACGGGCCUCUUCUGGUUUGACUGUGCGCGUUUCACAAAUAAAUAAGAAAUAAAAAGAUUACUUGAAAUGCUAAAGUUUCUUUAAGGAAGAUUGUAUAUUAGAAUGAAAAAACACGUUUUUUUAUUUUGUGUAUAUUAAAAAAAUAUAACGUGUGUGUGGCCUGUUCAAACUUGACCUGCAGGUUAAAAUGUGCCUUUUAAAAAUAAAAGCAAUUCGUAUUUA